UAGAGAGAGUCAUAAAACCAACUGUCGAUCAAUGAAAGUUGGUUCUGCUCCGCCUUCAGAUUUUGCCCUAAAUCCCCAAUUCAAAGCUCUCACCGAUCUCUGUUAGUUCUGAUCGAAAGGCCUGUUGAGAGCGAUUUCCGACUUGGGUUUUUUUUGUUCUGAUCAAGCAUGAAUUACAUAAUCGGAGCAUUCAAACCAUCUUGCAACAUUUCAAUCACAUUUACUGAUGCAAAGACUCGCAAGCAGGUUCCAUUAAAAAAGGAAGGUGGCCAAGCAGUAUCAGUCCCACUGUUUCAAAGUCAAGAAAACAUUUCUGGAAAGAUUUCUAUAGAACCAAUUCAAGGGAAAAAGGUUGAACACAAUGGAGUGAAAGUUGAGCUCCUCGGUCAAAUAGAAAUGUACUUUGACAGAGGCAACUUUUAUGACUUUACUUCCCUUGUUCGUGAACUUGAUGUUCCUGGAGAUAUAUAUGAAAGGAAGACAUAUCCUUUUGAGUUCUCUACAGUUGAAAUGCCUUAUGAGACUUACAAUGGUGUCAAUGUCAGGCUUAGGUAUGUUCUGAAAGUCACAGUUAGUCGUGGUUAUGGUGGUAGCAUAGUGGAAUACCAAGAUUUUGUGGUUCGCAACUAUACACCACCUCCAUCCAUUAACAAUAGCAUCAAGAUGGAAGUGGGAAUUGAGGAUUGUCUGCACAUUGAGUUCGAAUACAACAAGAGCAAGUACCACCUGAAAGAUGUUAUUAUUGGCAAGAUAUAUUUUCUCCUUGUAAGAAUCAAGAUAAAGAAUAUGGAUCUGGAAAUCAGGCGUCGAGAGUCAACAGGGUCGGGGCCCAAUACCCAUGUUGAGACAGAGACACUUGCUAAGUUUGAAUUGAUGGAUGGUGCUCCAGUCAGAGGUGAAUCUAUUCCCAUUAGACUGUUUCUUAGCCCUUAUGAAUUGACACCUACGCAUCGCAACAUCAACAAUAAAUUCAGCGUUAAGUAUUAUUUGAAUCUUGUUUUGGUUGAUGAGGAGGACCGGCGAUAUUUCAAACAGCAAGAGAUCACUAUAUACAGGCUUCAAGAGACUUCAUGAUCCCCAAUUGAUUCAGUUAAUAGGGAGAAGGCACUUUGUAAAGCUUAAAACUAUCAGCUCUUGUUUUGCUGCAAUCCCCUGGUCCUUGCCGAGUUGAACUUUGAUACAGUAUUGCUGCAUGUAUAUGGAGAGUGGAAAGAGACAAGAUCAUUGGUUGCCAGAACUCAUGAACAAUCUCUUGUAUCUCCGACUUUUUGUCAAUUACCAUUGCAGAGAAAACAUUUGUGCGAUGUUUGAAGUCUUUUUUAA